AACGAGAAUCGUAUGUCCGGUCGAUUGUUGUCCAGCCUUGAAGGUGGCACUCGGUCAAAAUUUGUUUUCGGAAUUAAUCCUGACAUAACUUGUUGAAAACCGACUAACAAUAUGCAGAAGAAUAUUGAGAUAGGGAAGAAAUUGUAUUAUUUAAAAAAACCGAAACUGUGGGACAAAGGAAUCGGUGCUAAGUUGCCAGAAGCGUAUAAGAAGUUCUGGAAGGAAUGGAAAACACCACCAUCUGCGGUUCAUUAUAUUGAGAAAAAAGGCAAAUAUGAAAGGAAGGAUGAAACAGAGGAAGUAUUUCCUGUACAAAAUAUACCGAUACCUUUAUUAAAGUGCAAGGAAGUGCACACAGGUAUAUGGGGAGGUGAAAAUAUUAUACAAGGCUUUCAGAAAAAGGGAAAAUUUAAGAGGAAGGUUGCACACUUUUGGAUGCCUAGCGUAAUGAGAUCAGUUGUCUAUAGUGAAGUUCUCAACGAAUAUAUGAGAGUUGUGAUUACCUUCAGACUGGUAAGAUUAAUUCAUGAGAACUAUGGAUUUGAUCAUUAUUUAUUAAAGACACCGGCCUGCGACUUGCAAUCUAAACUUGCAUUGAAAAUAAAACGCAAGAUACUCAUAACGUUAGCAAAUAAGACCCUGUAUCCUGACGAUCCCGAGAAGCGUGAGGAGGUGUACUCAAAGUACCAGCAAUACCUGUCAGCUUACACGAAGGAAGAAAUAGAAUGGUAUGGAUUAACGCUCGAAGAAGCCAUUAAAAAAUAUUUGCGGCUGACGGCGACGACUACUGUACCUCUGAAGAUUCAAUAUAGAUCAGAAUUAAUCGCCAAACUCAAGGAGAAUAAGAUUAAAGAAGCUGAAGGUGUGGAUGUGGUAUCACCAGCGGAAACAGAUCCUUCCUGGGUAACGAAGUUAAAUCCUUUCUCCAAAAGUUCGAAGCGCGAUUAAGUAAUUUUGCUUAUUAUAGUAUAUAAAUCAAGUCUGGCAAAAUAUUCAGGUUGAUUAAUCACAGGCGUCAUUAAAAUUUUCGGUAGUAAUUGUUUAGUGGACACAAUGUACAUGUGACAACAGGAUAUUUUCUAAGGAAUAUAUUAAUGCGUACGUAAUGGAGACAAUAAAAUAUAUAUAUUUAACAAAACCAA